UAUGAACCUUGGAUUGUCACCUGGAAGUCAUACCAUAAAGUACGCAGAUAAAUGUCUCAAGCGACGUCUACAGAAGCAGCAACGCCAACAACAACUUCCAUUUAUCAAAUUCUCAGUUAAAAGGCGCAGACUUGUUCUGAAACAGGAGCGUUCGAUUAACCAGGGAGCUCUUGAAGCCUUAGAAGGUGUUUCAUAUCAAUCUGAAGUUGGCCAUUCCUCCAGUGUUGAUAUUGAGAAACUUCCAGAUGCUGUCCCGCGUGGCAAUUUCAAACCCGUGAAAGUUGAAAUUGGACAACCUACAAUCAUAGCCAUAGACCUGGAAACUACAGACCUGAUACGUGGUUCUGUUAUGCCGCACAUCACACAGCUGGCAGCAGUGGAGGUAAAGUCUGGUGUCCAGUUUGCAGUUUACACAAAACCAAAGAUGGCAGUUACAUCUGAAGCCCAAAGGGUAACUGGAAUAUGUGUUGAUGACAACGGCGAUAUAGUUGUGAAUGGAAAUCUGGUAGAGUCUAUUCAUAUUCAGUCUGCCAUUGAGAAGCUGUGCAGGUGGCUUGACCAGUUUUCCAAUGUGUUUCUCAUUGCUCAUAACGGAAGGAGAUUUGACUUUCCAAUUCUCAUGACAGCUGUACAGAAAACCAAAACCACAGAUGUCUUUUUCAAAUCAGUAUUUGGCUUUGUCGAUAGUUUGUCUGUGUUUAGAAAGAAGUACCCUGGAGAGUCAUUAAAACAGGAAGACCUUGCACGACAACAUCUUGGUAUGACAUACAAUGCCCACAAUGCAGAGGCUGAUGUUGAGGCUCUUGGACAUCUUCUAAAACUAUGAGAAGUGUCUGAUCUCCUAAACUUCAGUUUUUCUCCUGUGGCUGUGAAAAAUUCUUUACUGUUCAAUUGUGAAAAAUCGAAAAAUCUGCGCUCCUUUGAUCCAUUAAUAAGCAAGGGGAUAUGCAAACGUCCUACAGCAGAAAACAUUGCUGGCUCUGGUUUGAGUGUUGAACAUCUGAAAGUUAUAUUUAGGCACUCAGGUGAAGAUGGACUUAGAAAUACAUUUACAGCUGUAAACUGUGAUGGCUUACCGAGAGUAACAAACUCAAAAAAAGUUCUGGAGGAAACUGUUCCCAAGUUUUGUCAGUAUUUUUCAUCAAAUGUACCUUCAUAGACAUAGGUACUUGUAUGAAUAAUCUGUGAUUCAGAAAGUACAUUAAUUGAAUCAUCAUUGAUGACAUGCUGAUUAGUAUAUUUGUGAAGUAUUUGCAUUUUGAUUAUGAUUUUUACUUGGUGUAUAAAAACCAAGAUUUAGUCUUUUAUGGAAAACAAACAUAUGCUGCCAAAUAUGUAAUUUUCUUGCAUACAAGACCAAGAUUUCCGGUAUUUUUGCUGGUGAUGGAAAUUCUAUCCUGCACCUCGGGGUGUCAGACGACUGUUGUGCUAUGAUUGAUGUAUAUUUCUCAAUUCAAGAAACACUGUUUUAUCAAAAAAUACAGAAAGUUAGGCAGAAACUGAUAAAAUAAAACUGGAACUAGA